CGUUUUCUUUUUCCCCUUUAAACCAAUCAGCUUUGAGAUUUCAUUUAUAAAUACCUCCAUUCUCUUCCUCUGCUUUGAAGCAGAGAGCAGUUUCAUCAUCAAUGGCAGCAGCCACUCAUUUCCUUCGUUUACUUGUCAUAUUCUUGGGACUUUGUAGCCUUCUUUGUUCAAAUGCUGUCCCAACUUCAAGAAGUGUCAGCCUCUUGCGCGGAUCUCAUCCAUUUCUUCUUGUUUCAAGCAACACCCACAUGGUGACUGCAACAGAGGAAGAAGUGAGUCGUGGAAGAAUGGUUGUGGCACUAAAUGACUAUCCAGGGUCAGGAGCCAACAAUCGUCAUACACCAAGGCCACAAUUUAGGGGCUGUGCUGAUUGUUGAUUAUAUUUUGCAUUACAUAUUUUAGGGAUUGGUUGGGCUUUAGAAUUAUAAUAUAUAUUGGUUUGAAAUAUCUAUCUAUCUAUAACUAUUUUAUAUGUAUUAUAUGGGAAUAUGGAGGCAGGGUUUGAGCUUCUUCAUCACUCUAUUAAGCUGUUGAAAAGCUGAGGAAAGAGGUGGGUAGAGAAUUUUAUGAGAUUAGGUGAAAAAUGAGUACCAAAAAUAUGUGUACUUUUGUAAAACAAAGAGACAUUACUUGGCUUCUUUAUUCAGUAAUAUAUGAUUUUGAGGGCUGAAAUUAACGCCAUUGGAUCUGUUUA